CGCGCCACGAUCCUCAACCAGACGUUAAUACGAGCUGGUAGCCAACAGAUAUAAGCCGCCCCUCUUCGUCCCCUCUCCGCUAUCUCGAAGACCUGUGGUCAGUUAAGCAGUGUUCCGCGUUGAUACAUAGAGUAGAAUCUCCCUUCCCCGCCGAAAAAAAAAAAUACCGGAAGAUCCAAUCAACGUGAACGAAAUUUUUGGCAAACCGAGUGGAUUGUACGUGCCCCGAGUAUCUAGUACGUGAUAACGGUCAGCUAUCGAUCGUGUGUCGUUUUGUGGAAGUUACUUGUCAACUCAGAAGUGUGUAGUGACUGUUGCAAGCUGUGAGUUUUGAAAGUGAGCGAACACGAGGACCUGUAAUAGCCCCAAACAUGUGGAAGUCCAUUGCUAGUGUGCUGAUGCUGCUGACGACGAUGAUCGCGGCGCAAACUCCUCCACCAUAUAUUCAGCAAUGCCGAAGGUCGGAUCCGGAACUCAACGCCUGUCUGAAGGGUGCCCUUCAUCAUCUGAAACCGUAUUUAGCUCAAGGCAUCCCUGAAAUCAAGAUGCCCUCAGUAGAACCCUUCGUCAUGGACCAACUGUCGCUGCAGCUUACCGGAGGACCACAGGGAUACAGGAUCAAUCUGAAAAACAUGCAAGUGUUUGGCGCCAGCAACUUCACCGUCAAGACCCUCAAGUUGAGUGAAGGAAACGAACCUUUCGAAGCCAGACUGACAAUCCCCAAGCUGCUAAUCCACGCCAAAUAUACCUCCAGUGGAGUGCUGAUCAUCAUUCCCGCUAGCGGAGCCGGUGAUUUCGAUGCCGUUUUCGAUGGCGUUAUUGCCAACGUCCGUGGUCGAGUGUCAUUCAGCGAGAAGCCGACCGGUACUCAUAUGCGCGUGGAAAAUCUAGACCUGAACCUGGCCAUCAAAAAGCCACGACUGAGCGUUUCCAAGAUCUUCAAUAAUAACCGAAUUCUGACGGAAGCCACCAAUUUGUUCCUGAAGGAGAACGGUGGUGAAGUGUUGAAGGCCCUUCAGCCACAACUGCAGAAGAAACUGUCAGCCGAAUUCGCUGGCAUCUCGAACCAGCUGCUGGACAAUGUCCCUCUGAACAACUUUAUCAUCGAUUGAAGACGCUUCCUUGGAGAAUUGAGGAAGAUGUGAUAUGAUUUCAACCCUUCCACACCCAUUAUUGUAGCCAAAAAGCACACGGAGUUCGCCGAAUCGGAGAUAUAGUGCAAAUCUAAAACUAUUGUACGACUGCGUUAGUACUAUAUCACCGAUUUAGAGCGUUAAAAGCUUGCUGGUUACUUGGGCAAUCACUACCUAUUUUCUCAACACCUCUUCUUGUACAAUUAUCUAAGGUACACCAUUGCAUUAGUCGGUUAACACACACCUCAUAAUUGAAUCAAUCAAUCAUGUAUAAUCUUGCCUCUCACAUCCUUUGUCAUGCUACGGUCCCGAAGGGAUUCCGUAGGAACGGUACCUAAUUAAAACAAUAAUCAUUUGUUUUAUAAAUCAGGUGCUAUUGCCGUUAAUAGUAUAGGGAAUAAUCAGCUGUGCUGAUUCGUGGAGAGCAAAUGCUGCAAUUUAUUGUUUCUUAUUGUACAAAUUAUUAUAUAGUAAGGUAUGGUCAAAUAAAAAUGAACGAAUUUUCUCUAAA